UUGUGACUGUAUUUUUUGGUGCAAAUACAUAUAUUCCCAAUUCUAUAAUAGGUCGAAAGUGGUCAACUGUCACCACAGGCAAUGGAAAUCUCUACAUUCUCAAUCCGCCCCGCAGAUUCCACAGCUAGGGCUUGUGUUCAAUGUCGAGAGAGCAAGAAGAAAUGCAACAAAAGCUUACCGAAAUGUGCGCGGUGUGAUAGACUGGCUUUGGAUUGCCAAUAUAGUGAACAGAAUGGAGACAGCCGCCUCCACGCGCCGGCUGAAAGCCUGGAGAGAGAGGAUACUAGCUCAAAGCUAGACGAAAUCCUUCGUCGCUUGGACAGAAUAGAAAGUGCUUGUCAACCGCAUGAAAAAGUAGCGACAAUAAAUCCGUCAUUGUUCCAGGAACCAGCAGCAUCGUGCCCCGUAGGAUCAAGCCUGCCAGACACAGAUCCUGCGUCGUCCUCAACGGGAACAAGGUCCCAAACACCUCCGAAUUGUCAAAUCAACCCUAAUUUCUUACGUCCGUCGUAUCUGAAUCUGAUCACUGAUAUGAAUGUGCUCCAAACGCUUGAGAACGAGGGAAUAUUCCCCCGCCAGGUUACCCAGAAAUAUCUCUCGACGGUCCACACCUGGAUGCCGAUGCUGUCAUCGGAUGACCUCUUUAGGAGAUUUGCUGACUUUGAGAAUCUCAAUUUCUCAUCCGAAUUCUCGAUUUUGAUCUUGAGUAUGUAUACGCUCAUCCGGAAGAAGAGCGCCACCGGGACUGAGGCGGAGUCGCCCGUAUAUCUGAUGUGCAAGCAUCUGUUCGCAGUCACUUACUCGCUGGCCGGAGUAUCUUGGGAUCUGUUGCGUGCUGGGGUGUUGUUAGCGUUAUAUGAACAUAUCCACGGAAUCUCGGAGAAAUCAAAAAUGACAAUUGGGUUAUGCAUUACGAUGUUGUCUUUACUGCUGGAAAAGGAGAACAGGGGGGAUGGCACGCAGUUCCCCAAGGAGGAAAUGACAAGGCUCUGGUGGAGUAUUGCCAUUGUUGACAGAUACAUCAAUCCACUACCGCUCAGUCCCUCUGGAAGAUUCCUGAUCGACUAUGCUGAUCCGCUGAGAUCGCUCAACACCACUGAAUCCGGGACGAUGCAUUCGGACCCAAGUGCGCAAGCAAUUCAAUACUCGUCAAUUCAAGCACCGUGGAAAUCACUCCCAACCGACCAUACACUCUCUGGAGAAUCGAAAGCAGCUCAAUUACUAGGCCAAGUCCAACAAUUCAUCCACCGCGCUGAGUUUUCUCUUAACAUCGGAUGCCACGAAUACGCAUUGUUUCAUGAGAAGAUAUUGACAGUUCUUACGUGUCUGAAGACAGUCGAGUAUUGCCCAUUCCGCAACGACUCCCAUCGGGGUUAUUGGACUUCCCUCAGUGCUGUGCUCUUAUUUUGUUGCUUCCUUUACCAGAAAGCGGUUGACGGUGGAGUUGAAGAUAUUCUCACGAUUCUAACCCCAUGCAUAGUAGAAGCUGUCCAGGUUGCCGACGAGCGAGCCAAAAACUUCACAGAAGCCCGUCUGAAUAUGACGUUGGAUUGUCAUGAGGUGACUCCAUCCAUGAUUACGUGCCUCUACCUAGGGGCACUAGGAGAAUCUUUACUGGUCCAGAGGGGGUUAUUGGAUCCUGGAGUUCAGUACCAUUGCAAGGGUUUCCUCAUUGCAUUGAGCGGAGAGUGGGGACUGGCUCGACAUCGCGCAGCCUGUCUGAGUAGUCCCUCCCCAUUACCAAUCUACCAGAUGCUACAGCGAGGCUGAGUCUCAUUUAUCGGUAAAGAGAUGGCCGCGGAAAUGGUGGUAUAAGACGUGUAAGAAUUACGUGCACGACCGAGUACCAGCCGUAUAGCGCCUAUAGCUAAAGCAAAAAAGAAAUAUUAU